AUGAAGGUUGAUGAUAUCAACAAAACUAUUAUAAAGGAUAGUGAGAUGAGUGAAGAAGAGGAGUAAGAGGAAGGGCCAAAGUAAUCUAAAUUGAAAUAUGGAAUAAUGAUUCUUGGGUGUUUGUUAAUGUUUGGAAAUAAUUAUUCAUUUGAUAAUCCACAAGCACUUCAAAAAUAAUUAACAUAAGAUUUAGGUAUAUCCAUCUCAAAUUAUAACUUGCUAUAUUCUGCAUUCUCGUUUCCAAAUAUAUUUUUAACUCUCAUUGGAGGAUUUAUUAUAGAUUUUUUAGGUAAAAAUUCAAUUUCAAUUUAAGGUGUAAGAUUUGGGAUCAUUCUAUUCAGUGCAAUAGUAGCAGUGGCCUAAAUGAUUGUAGCAUUGGGAGGAGCAUUUAAAAUCUUCUGGAUCAUGUUAGUGGGAAGAAUCAUAUUUGGAUGUGCAUCUGAAAAUUUAGUAAUUGCUUAAGCAGCUAUAAUCUGUAAGUGGUUUAGAGGAAAAGAACUAUCAACUGUAUUUAUGACUUCUAAUUCUCAUUUUAGGCUAUUGGUUACAUCAUGACGGUACCUGAAUUAGCUAGUGCUGCUAACUCUUUCCUUACUCCUAUACUCUACGAAAAAUAUGAGGGAUUAGCCUAUCCACUAUUUUUUAGUGUGAUUUUGUGUGUCUUUUCAUUUGUAUGUGCCGUAGUCUUGUGCAUAUUGGAUAAAAAGAAUGAAAUGCAUAAAUUGAGUAUUUAUUUAUAAUAAGAAGAGGGAUAAUUUAUAAUUGAAGAAUAAGAAGAGGAAGAAGGUGAAGAUAAUGAAUAGAAGGAUGAUAUAGAGAGAGUAUCAUUUAAAGAUAUUAAAAAUUUAAAUGGAACAUUUUGGAUUCUAGUUUUGAUAUGCACCUUAACAUUAGGAUCUUAUACUCCAUUUUUGGAUGAUGCCAAUGAUUUUUUAUAGGAAAAGUUUGAAUUCACGAAUGUUUAAGCAGGAAAAGUGUUGACUAUCCCUUAUUUAAUGGCAGGUAUUUUUGAGACAAAUUAGCAAUCACCAGUCCCUUUUUUGGGCCAUACAUAGACAAAGUUGGAAAAAGAAGAAAAUUCAUUUUAAUAACCUGUGUUCUAUUCACUUUAACUCAUUUUGCAUUUGGAAUAAUGCCAAAUGGUUAACAUGGAUAACCUAAUUGGUUUUCAGUUAUACCUUUGAUGUUUUUGGGAACCAGUUAUGCUCUCUAUUCAUGUGUGUUAAUUCCAUCUAUUUAAUACAUUGUUGCAGAGAAGGUGGUUGGGACAGCGUUUGGUUUAUUAGGAAUGUUUGAGAGUAUUGCAUUGGCCUUCUUUCCAAUUUUAGCAGGAUAUAUUGUUGAGAAAUCUGAGGAUCCUUAAUAAGGAUAUUCAAAUGUAGGAUUCUUCUUUUCAGGAAUUUCGAUAUUUGGAAUCAUAUUUACACUCUCCUUAUAUAUUUUCGAUAAGAAGAGUUCAAUGGUUCUAGAUUUUGUAAAUCCUGAGGAUCCUUCAGAUUUGGAGAAGAAAAUGCUUAGGACAACUAAAUCUGAUUCAAGCAGUGAUGAAGAGGAUGAUGAGUCAAGUGAUGAAGAUUCUGAGGAUGAUUAAUUUAAGAAGAAGAAAGUGUGUAAGAGUUACACAAGUUUAAAGAGCAAGAAGUUAUUAACAUCUCCUUUAUUGAGAACUAGAAGUUUAUACAAUUGAAUUUAGGUUAUUCAUAUAUUUGAUGUUCAUCCAUUUUAUUAAUAUAAAUAAUGUUUUUUAUUAUAGCGUUUUUGUUUUUAUAUUUAUAGCUAUCUGUAUAUUCCAAGAAUUUGAGAGAUAACUUAUUAGUGGGAUAAACUAAGAGAUUCAAUAUGGAGAAGAACGAUGAAAAUAUGAUCUAUGUUCAUUUGAUACCGCAUUCUCAUGAUGAUGUUGGUUGGCUCAAGACCUAUGAAGAAUAUUACUAUGGUUUAAAUAAUAAAGUGUAAUGGGCUGGAAUACAAUACACUAUUGAUAGUGUUGUCAGAUCAUUAUUCUUUGACUAGACCAAGAAGUUUAUCCAAGUAGAAAUUGCUUUUUUUAAAUUGUAAUUUGUUUAAUAAAUAAUAAAGAUGGUGGGAUGAAUAAAAUGAUGAUGUGAGAAAUAAGACUAAAUAUUUAAUUAAAAAUGGAUAAUUGGAAUUUAUAAAUGCGGGAUGGUGUAUGAAUGAUGAGGCUACUGCAUAUUAUGAAGAUAUUGUGGAUUAAAUGACUUUGGGACAUCAAUGGAUCUUAGAUCGUUUCUAAAUUAAACCAACUAUAGGGUGGUAAUUAGAUCCUUUUGGUCACACUUCUGCAUAGGCUGAGUUGUUCGCUUUGAUGGGUUUUGAUGGUUGGUUUUUCAGUCGUAUAGACUAUUAAGAUAUGAAUUUAAGGAAAUAGCAAUAGAAGAUGGAGUUGAUAUCUAUGGUUGAUCAAUACUCCAUAUUCACUCACAUCAAUUAUAAUCAUUAUGAAGCACCUCCUCAGUUUAGUUUUGAUUCUUUGCAUUCUCAAGAUCCAAUUGUGGACAAUUAAAAUAGCAUACAUUACAAUGUAGAUAAAAGGGCAGAAGUAUUAGUGGAUUAUUUCAAAUCACAAAACUAAAGUUAUUUAGGCAACGUGUUAAUGCAUACUUUAGGUACAGAUUUUGGUUGGUCUAAUGCACCUAUGUAUUAUACAAACAUAGAUCGUUUGAUCAAAUACAUCAAUGCCAAUAAGUAAAAGUACAAUAUGCAAAUUAUGUAUUCCACUCCAUCUUAAUAUUUAUCAGCUAUUAACUAACUAAAUAUAUAAUAUCCAACUAAAUAAGAUGAUUUUAUGCCAUAUGCUGAUAGACCUAAUGCUUAUUGGACAGGAUAUUUCACAAGUAGAGUAUCCUUAAAAUUAUUAAUUAAAUAAUUAGGAAGAUUUGCUUAAAUUUAAAGAAGAUUUGUAUCAACUUUGCUAUUAAAUGGCAAAUCAUAGUAUAUAUAAGUGAAUCGCUAAUAAAUACUAGAUGCUUAGAACAUCUUGGAUCAGGCUUUGGCAACCAACUAACAUCAUGAUGCAGUCACAGGAACAGCAAAACAACAUGUUACAAAUGAUUAUAUUGAAAUGUUAUGCAAUGGACAUCACAAAAUUAGUCAAUAACUCUAUUAAAUAAUGAAAGAACUUAUUGAGUUUGAAAUACAAGAUGAAACUUCUCAAAUUGUGUUUGAGGAAUGCAAUUUUAAUUAAACUGCUUCAUCGUGUAAACUUGUCUAUGAAUAAUUAAAGAAUGGAAAUGCUGUUUAGAUGAAUAUGAUUGAAAAUAAGAACCUUCCAUUGUAAGAUUACUUAAGAAUUAAAGUACCUAAAUUGAAUCUGACCAUCUAUGAUUAAACAAACAAAGUCAUAAUUGGUGAUGUUAUUUGUAUUAAUGAUGACGAUGAUUGUGAACUGUAUUUUAUUUACAAUCGAAAUCCAAAAUAAAUCAUUGAAUAUUUUAGAAUAUUACCAAAUCAAGAUAACCCAAGUGCAAUUGUAGUUCCACCUCAAACAGAAUCCUUAACAUACAAUAGUCCUUCAGAUUACAUUUCACUUAACAACUCUAGGCAAUUCAAAUUAACUUACAAAUAUUACAUCUCAUCAGAAGAUAAAUAAUAUAGUGGGGCUUAUAUCUUUAGAACUAAUGAUGAAGCUCUAGAAUUUGGAGAAAUAAAAACACAUAGAUUGUACAUUGGUAAGCUAAUUCAAAUUUUCUAUAUCGAGAGAGACUAAGUACAAACUAAAAUUAAGAAAUUAGAACACAUUGAAGAUACAUAUGAAAUUGAAUCAUACAUAACUGAUAUACCAAUACAAAAAGAAAAUGGUAAAGAAGUGGUAAUGAUAAUCUCAACAGACAUUCAAAAUGAUGAUACUUUUUAUACAGAUAGCAGUGGAAUGAGAUUGUAGUAAAGGAAAUUAAAUUAUAGACCUACUUGGGAUUUGGAAGUUCAUCAACCAAUAGCAGGAAACUUUUAUCCAGUUAAUGGAAUCUUGCAAAUCUAGAAUAAUCAAACAGGAGAAGUUGCAGCUAUUAUUAAUGAUAGAUCAUAAGGAGGCACAAGUUUACAUACAGGAGAAUUGGAAUUGAUGAUUCAUAGAAGAUUAUUAAAGGAUGAUGCAAGAGGAGUUGGAGAACCCUUAAAUGAGAAAUAAUCUAACGGUAGAGGAUUAAAUCAAAACUUUUAGCAUACAUUAACAUUCUUUAAUAAAAAUAAUUAACCUAAUCAAGCUAGAUAUUUUUAAUAUCUUUAAGAUUUAAAGCCAAUCAUUAUUUUCAGUAAUUGUAAAAAUGAAUUAUUCCCUCAACCUGUGAAGUCAUUUAAAAUUACAUAUCCAAGAGAUUUAGAGAAAAUGUUUACACCAAAUAGUUAAGCUAUAACAAAGUUUUAUCUAUAAACCAUUGGUGUUGAAUAAUAUAUUUAUCGAAUACAUAACUUGGGAGAGGAAGGAACAUUUUAAGUACCAGAGUUAGAUUAAUUUUAAAUUGUAGAAACCACUCUGACAGCUAAUCAGUUGUGGACUGAAUGGUUGGAGAAGAAAUUGAGUAAUUUUUCAUUUUAUUGUAGAUUGGAAAGUAUAGGAAGGACUAAAAUAGCCUAUAGACUAGCCAGUGCACAAUGAAACUGUGUUACCUUAACAACUAAGAACUUUCAGACUUACAAAAAAGAGUAAUUCUAAUUAAUGA